GCCUGCCGGCUCCUCGGUCCCGGCGUGCACUUCUGGAAGACUUCAGGUACCGGCGUGCUCCGCGUCCGGUUGUCCGCCAGCACGCGUCCAGGGCGGUGCCUCUGUGUAGGGCGGGCGAGGAGGCCGCCGAGGCGGAGCUCAUGGCUGCACUGAGGGCGGGGCGGAGUGCAGGCUGGAGCCUCCGGGGAUGGCGGGCUCUUCGGGGGGCGCGUGGCGGGAAGGGACCCCUGUUGACCCCUGACCUCCGGGCCCUGCCGACGUCAGGAACCCCUGACCCUCGGGCCCGAGUGACUUAUGGGACCCCCAGUCUCCGGGCCUGGUUGUCUGGGUGGGUCCUUGAGCCACGGACGUGUCUGCGGUCGGCUCCCCGAGCACUGCUGACUGUAGGGACACCAGAUCCCCGGAGCCGGGAAGACCCAGGGACCCCUGGAGGCCGUCGGCGCGUGUGGCCCGCAGUGGCACUGGGCGCUGGGGGUGCCGUGCUGCUGCUGCUGUGGGGCGGGGGGUGGGGUCCUCCGGCCGUUUUUGCCUCGGUGCUUGGCUCGUCGCCCAGCUCUCCCCGGAGCCAGUACAACUUCAUCGCAGACGUGGUGGAGAAGACGGCACCUGCCGUGGUUUACAUCGAGAUCCUGGGCCGGCAUCCUUUCUCGGGCCGCGAAGUCCCUAUCUCCAAUGGCUCAGGAUUCGUGGUGGCUGCCGACGGACUCAUUGUCACCAACGCUCAUGUAGUGGCUGAUCGGCGCCGAGUCCGAGUGAGGCUGCCAAGCGGCGACACGUAUGAGGCCGUGGUCACAGCUGUGGAUCCCGUGGCGGACAUCGCCACUCUGAGGAUUCAGACGAAGGAGCCGCUGCCCACGCUGCCGCUGGGGCGCUCCGCCGACGUCCGGCAAGGAGAAUUCGUAGUCGCCAUGGGAAGCCCCUUUGCGCUGCAGAACACUAUCACUUCCGGCAUCGUCAGUUCUGCCCAGCGUCCGGCCAGGGACUUAGGCCUGCCCCAAACCAACGUGGAAUACAUCCAGACUGAUGCAGCUAUUGAUUUUGGAAACUCUGGAGGUCCCCUGGUUAAUCUGGAUGGGGAGGUGAUCGGGGUGAAUACCAUGAAGGUCACAGCUGGAAUCUCCUUUGCCAUCCCUUCUGAUCGCCUUCGAGAGUUUCUGCAUCGUGGGGAAAAGAAGAAUUCCUGGUUUGGAAUCAGUGGGGCCCAGCGCCGCUACAUUGGCGUGAUGAUGCUAACCCUGACGCCCAGCAUCCUUGCUGAACUACAGCUGCGAGAACCAAGCUUUCCUGAUGUUCAGCAUGGCGUGCUCAUCCAUAAAGUCAUCCUGGAUUCACCUGCACACCGGGCUGGUCUACGGCCAGGUGACGUGAUCUUGGCCAUUGGGGAGAAGCUGGUACAAAAUGCUGAAGAUAUUUAUGAAGCUGUUCGAACCCAAUCCCAGCUGGCAGUGCAGAUCCGGCGGGGACAGGAAACAUUGACCUUAUAUGUGACCCCUGAAGUCACAGAAUGAGUCAGCAAGAGUAUGAGCCUCCUACUCUGAUUUCCACCUUGCUUUCCUGGCCUAGGCUCUGAGGGCACCUGGACAGAGGGUUAAAUGAAGAAGUGGGGGGCAGGUCCCUCCAACCACCAGCACCAAUCCCUGGGCUCUGAGGAAUCGCAAAAACACUUUUUAUAUGAAAUAAAAUUAUACCUAGCAA